AUGUAUGAAGCCGAAAUCCAAAAUGCAGCGCCAGAUAAACCUCCAUUUGAAAUAAUCGGCUUUUGGGGUUUUGCGCGUAACUCGACGUGGUACAACAGAUUGCUGGAAUCAAUCCAUAGUACUCAAAUCCGGAAAUCAAAUCUCAAGUAUUCGAACCCAGAACUUGCUAACGGUAUAAACGAUAUUUCUGAUAACACUGUUGAUCAUGACAUUUGCAUUUCUCAGCCUCCUUUAUUUAGUCAACAUUCUCCCCCUAAGCCUAGCGUAGCUGGUAGUGUAAGGUCCAGCAGGUAUGUGGGUAGACAGAAAAGUAGGUCGGAGAAUGAGAUACUGGAAAAAGAACUUGCAAUAGAGAUGAAGAAGCUGGAGAUUAGAAGGCGGAAGUUAGCGUCCUGCAAGCAGAUGCUGUUGUCGUAUGACUCCUCUGAUGAUGAAAACUCUAUAUGCGGUGACUGUGAACUUGGGUUUCCCUCCAGUAAACCGAAGGCCGAGAAAUUCGUAGCGAAGUUUAAUUCAGAAGAAAUGGAACGCACGAAUUUAUCUACUAAUCAGCCGAGAAAAGGUGACGCGGCCGGAAUUCGAACCGCGGCGGACAUUUUAAUUUCCUUUCGUUUGGUUUGCCUGAAAAAACUGGUUUGCAUGAGUAGUAGCCCACAAAGAAUGCUGCGCAGGCUUGUAUCCUGCCUGAGCGGCCUCAUCACAUUCAAACUUGGCAAAACGGAGCUACGAACAGGUUUUAACUUACUUAGUCAUCACUGA